UUUUCAGUGUCUGCAAGCCGCCACCGCUGCUGCUGCUGCUGGAAGACAAACCCACGCUUUCAUUCUCUACAACCCUCCAUCUCCUCCUCUUUCCUCUACUCUUCCUCUCAUUGCAGCGCUCUGCGCUCCACCUUUUCAUUGUGCUGCUUCCUCUGUCGGGGGUGGAUGGGUGGAUUCCUGAGUGGAGGGGAGGUGUGAUAUGUGAAGACACUGACAGAUGGAUGGAUGGGGAGCAAACAGAAGCAUGAUGCUGCCACUGCCAUCGCCACUGUGGUGUGUCUGCUGAGACAGCGAUUUCUGCCUUUACACUGGUGAGACACAGAAAGAGAGAGGGACUGUAAGGUUCAUGUGUCCUCCAUCGCUUUGCCCUGCUGCCAAGGAAGUGUCUCUCUUGUGACUGCAGCUGAAUCUGGGAUUAUUUUUCUAUGAUUUCUGAAGUUCCAGUGCAUUUGAAACUCAGGUUCAUCAUUUAAGAUUACUUCAACUGUUUGAAAGUUAUUUUAUUUCUCUGGGAUUUUGUUGUCUGCUUUUGUAAACUACACUUUUGUUCUACUGGAGACAUUUAUACUGUUGGAUACUCAACUCAAGCUAUUUGUGCUGCAAAAACUUUCAUUCUCUUGAGUGCUCAAGUUUAUCCUCUUGGGCACAACCUGAAGCUGUUGAAACUCGAGCAGUGAAGCUCCAACUCUGGUUUCUUCUUACCAAGACAACCCGAUGCAACUGUGAACUCUUCCAUCCUGAAACUGGAAAAUUUCCCCUCUCCGAUGUCUCUUUGGACCGGGCUUUUCUAAAUAUUUCACGGUUUUCUCUGGAGUUUCAUCAUGGAGCUACAGAGCGCCACCAGCAGCCUCCCUGGCCCCCUUUCCCCUAGCCCUCUCUCCCCAACCAUGGACUAUGCCAGCCCUCUAUCCCCAUCGUCAGGUGGGCCCGGCCCAUCUCACGCCAGUCCUGUCCGGGGUCCAAGCCCAAGCCUUAGCCCCAUCAGGGGAACAAGCCCAGGACCCGGUUUCUCAAGCCAGGCUGCUUUCAACUACAACCAGCUGGAGGGAAGGUUUAAACAGCUUCAAGAUGAGCGUGAGGCGGUGCAGAAGAAGACUUUCACUAAGUGGGUGAACUCUCACCUGUCCAGAGUUUCCUGUCGGAUUACCGACCUCUACAUGGACCUGAGGGACGGACGCAUGCUCAUCAAACUGCUGGAGGUCCUCUCCGGAGAGAGACUGCCCAAACCCACCAAGGGCCGGAUGCGUAUCCACUGCCUGGAGAAUGUAGACAAGGCGCUGCAGUUCCUGAAGGAGCAGAGGGUCCACCUGGAGAACAUGGGCUCCCACGAUAUCGUAGAUGGUAACCACCGCCUGACCCUCGGGCUCAUCUGGACCAUCAUCCUUCGUUUCCAGAUCCAGGACAUCAGUGUGGAGACAGAAGACAACAAGGAGAAGAAGUCUGCUAAAGAUGCUUUGCUGCUCUGGUGUCAAAUGAAGACGGCAGGAUAUCCAAACGUCAACAUCCACAAUUUCAGCACCAGCUGGAGAGACGGGAUGGCCUUCAACGCUCUCAUCCACAAACACAGACCAGACCUGAUUGACUUUGAUAAGCUGAAGAAAUCAAAUGCUCACUACAACCUGCAGAAUGCCUUUAACCUGGCAGAGCAACACCUGGGUCUCACCAAGCUGCUGGACGCCGAGGACAUCAGUGUGGACCACCCUGAUGAGAAGUCCAUCAUCACUUACGUGGUCACAUACUAUCACUACUUCUCCAAGAUGAAGGCUCUGAAGGUGGAGGGGAAGAGAAUUGGAAAGGUUCUGGACAAUGCCAUCGAGACAGAGAAGAUGAUUGAGAAGUACGAGUCUUUGGCUUCAGACCUGCUGGAGUGGAUAGAGCAGACCAUCAUCAUCCUCAACAACAGGAAGUUUGCCAACUCUCUGGUGGGAGUCCAGCAGCAGCUGCAGGCAUUCAACACGUACCGCACCGUGGAGAAACCACCAAAGUUCACAGAGAAAGGAAACCUGGAGGUUCUUCUGUUCACCAUCCAGAGUAAGAUGAGAGCAAACAACCAGAAGGUGUACACACCACGAGAGGGAAAACUCAUCUCUGACAUCAACAAGGCAUGGGAGCGUCUGGAGAAGGCGGAGCAUGAGCGUGAGCUGGCUCUGAGGACGGAGCUGAUUCGUCAGGAGAAACUGGAGCAGCUCGCCCGACGUUUCGACCGUAAAGCCGCCAUGAGGGAGACAUGGCUGAGUGAGAACCAGCGCCUCGUCUCCCAGGAUAACUUUGGAUUUGACCUCCAGGCCGUAGAAGCAGCUACAAAGAAACAUGAAGCCAUAGAGACGGACAUUACAGCGUAUGAGGAGCGAGUACAGGCGGUGGUUGCCGUGGCGAAGGAGCUGGAGGCGGAGAGUUACCAUGACAUCAAACGCAUCACGGCCAGGAAGGACAAUGUAAUCCGGCUGUGGGAGUACCUGCUGGAGCUGCUGAAGGCCCGCAGGAUGAGACUGGAGAUGAACCUGGGCCUGCAGAGAGUCUUCCAGGAGAUGCUCUACAUCAUGGACUGGAUGGACGAGAUGAAGAUGCUGCUGCUCUCUCAGGAUUAUGGGAAACACCUGCUCGGUGUGGAGGACCUGCUGCAGAAACACGCUCUGGUGGAGGCUGACAUCAGCAUCCAGUCCGACAGAGUCAAGACUGUCAACCGCAAUGCUCAGAAGUUUGCAGAUGACAUGGAGGGGUACAAGCCGUGUGAUCCUCAGAUCAUCAGGGAUCGGGUCGCACACAUGGACUUCUGCUACCAGGAGCUGAGUCAGCUGGCGGCUGAGAGGCGAGCUCGCCUCGAGGAGUCCCGUCGUCUCUGGAAGUUCUUCUGGGAAAUGGCAGAAGAGGAGGGCUGGAUCCGGGAGAAGGAGCAGAUCCUGUCCUCUGAGGAUUGUGGGAAGGAUCUGACUGGAGCACUGCGCCUGCUGAGUCAGCACAAAGCCUUCGAAGAUGAGAUGAGCGGGCGAGCCGCCCACCUGCAGCAGACCAUCAAACAGGGCGAGGAGCUGGUGGCCAACAACCACUUUGGAGCUGACAAGAUCAAAGAACGUAUUCAGGACAUCCAGGAGCAGUGGGCAGCUCUGGAGCGUCUCUCUGCUGUUCGUAAAGCUCGUCUGCAGGAGGCGUGCAACCAGCACCAGUUCCAGGCUGAUGCUGAUGACAUCGACACAUGGAUGCUGGAUGUGCUGCGGAUUGUCUCUAGCGUGGACGUUGGUCAUGACGAAUUCUCCACUCAGACUCUUGUGAAGAAACACAAAGAUGUGGCCGAGGAGAUCGGCAGCUACCGACCAGUCAUCGACGCUCUGCAUGAACAGUCCCGCACACUGCCGCCAGAGAAGGCUAACUCUGAGGAGGUGCAGAACAGGCUGGCCGGCAUCGAGGAGCGUUACAAGGAGGUGGUGGAGCUGACGCGGCUCAGGAAGCAGGCGCUGCAGGACGCUCUGGCUCUCUACAAAAUGAUGAGUGAAGCCAACGCCUGCGAGGUGUGGAUCGAUGAGAAGGAGCAGUGGCUCAACAGCAUGGAGAUCCCUGAGAAACUGGAGGACCUGGAGGUCGUCCAACACAGGUUCGAGAGUUUGGAGCCGGAGAUGAACAGCCAGGCGUCCAGAGUUGCCGUGGUCAACCAGAUUGCCAGGCAACUGAUCCACAGUGGACAUCCCAGCGAGAAGGAGAUCAAAGCCCAGCAGGACAAACUCAACACCAGGUGGAGUCAAUUCAGAGACCUGGUGGAUAGGAAGAAAGACAGUCUGAGCUCGGCACUGGGCGUCCAGAACUACCACCUGGAGUGCAACGAGACCAAGUCCUGGAUCAAAGAGAAAACCAAGGUGAUCGAGUCCACCCAGGAGCUGGGGAACGACCUGGCAGGUGUGAUGGCUUUGCAGAGGAAGUUGACAGGGAUGGAGCGCGACCUGGCCGCCAUCGAGGACAAGCUGGGAGACCUGGGAAAAGAGGCAGACCGCUUAGCUACAGAACACCCGGAACAGUGUGAGGGCAUCAAGGGACGACUGGCGGAGAUCACCGGAGUCUGGGACGAGAUGAAGGACUCCAUGAAGAACCGAGAGGAAUCCUUGGGUGAGGCCAGCAAACUACAGCAGUUCCUGCGUGACCUGGACGACUUCCAGUCCUGGCUGUCUCGGACUCAGACGGCCAUCGCCUCAGAGGACAUGCCCAACACGCUUGCAGAGGCAGAGAAGCUGCUGGCCCAGCACGAGGGCAUCAAGAAUGAGAUCCGCAACUACGAGGAGGAUUACCAGAAGAUGAGAGACAUGGGCGAGAUGGUGACGCAGGGUCAGACAGACGCUCAAUACAUGUUCCUGCGACAGCGGCUGCAGGCGCUAGACACUGGCUGGAACGAGCUGCACAAGAUGUGGGAGAACCGUCAGAACCUGCUGUCCCAGUCCCACGCCUACCAGCUGUUCCUCAGGGACACCAAGCAGUCCGAGGCCUUCCUCAACAACCAGGAGUACAUCCUCGCUCACACUGAGAUGCCCACCACCCUGGAGGCAGCUGAGGCAGCUAUCAAGAAACAGGAGGACUUCAUGACCACCAUGGACGCCAAUGAGGAGAAGAUCAGCGGUGUGGUCGACGCAGGCCGCCGCCUGGUAACUGACGGCAACAUCAACGCUGAGCGCAUUCAGGAGAAGGUGGACUCAAUCGACCAGAGGCACAAGAAGAACCGAGCGGCUGCCAAAGACCUGCUGGCGAGGCUGAAAGACAACAGAGAUCUGCAGAAGUUCCUGCAGGACUGCCAGGAGCUGUCCCUGUGGAUCAACGAGAAGAUGCUGACGGCUCAGGACAUGACGUACGACGAGGCCAGGAACCUGCACAGCAAGUGGCUCAAACACCAGGCUUUCAUGGCCGAGCUGCAGUCCAACAAGGAGUGGCUGGAUAAGAUCGACAAGGACGGGAAAGCGCUGAUGGCAGAGAAGCCAGAGACCGAGGCCAUGGUUAAGGAGAAACUGGCGUCCCUGAAAACGAUGUGGGAGGACCUCGAGUCGACCACCCAGACCAAAGCCAAGUGUCUGUUUGACGCCAACAAGGCCGAGCUGUUCACCCAGAGCUGUGCUGACCUCGACAAGUGGCUGGCCGGCCUGGAGGGCCAGCUGCAUUCCGACGACUAUGGCAAAGAUCUCACCUCAGUCAACAUCCUGCUGAAGAAACAACAGAUCCUGGAGAGCCAGGUGGAGGUGCGUCAGAAGGAGGUGGGAGAGCUGCAGAGCCAGUCGCAGGCCCUCAGUCAGGAGGGGAAAGGCUCUGAGGAGGUGGAUGGACAGAGGAUCAGUGUGGAGAAGAAGUUUGGUUCUCUCCAGGACCCGCUGAAAAAGAGACGAGACCACCUCAUGGCCUCCCGUGAGAUCCACCAGUUCAACAGGGACGUGGAAGAUGAAAUCCUCUGGGUGGAGGAGAGGAUGGCUCUGGCCACAUCAACAGACCAUGGAAACAACCUGCAGACUGUACAGCUGCUCAUCAAGAAAAACCAGACCUUACAGAAGGAGAUCCAGGGCCAUCAGCCACGCUAUGACGACAUCUUUGAGCGCAGCCAGCAUGUCCUGAGGGAAGACAGCCCAACAGCCGAGCUGAUCCGCCAGCGUCUCAACGAGCUCCAGUCACUAUGGGAUCAGAUCAAGAAGGAGACAGAGAAGCGACAUGUCCGCCUCAACGAGGCCCACAAGGCUCAGCAGUACUACUUUGACGCCGCUGAGGCCGAGGCCUGGAUGAGUGAACAGGAGCUCUACAUGAUGUCAGAGGAGAAGGCCAAGGAUGAGCAGAGUUCAGUGGCCAUGCUGAAGAAGCACCAGAUCUUGGAACAGGCGGUGGAGGACUAUGCAGAAACCGUCCAUCAACUGUCCAGCACCAGCCGGGGCCUGGUAGCUGCUGGACACCCAGACAGUGAGCGUAUCGGGAUGCGUCAGUCUCAGGUGGAUAAGCUGUACGCCGGUCUCAAGGACUUGUCAGAGGAGCGUCGGGGGAAGCUGGACGAGCGUCUGCGUCUCUUCCAGCUGAAUCGGGAGGUGGACGACCUGGAGCAGUGGAUUGCAGAGAGGGAGGUGGUGGCUGGAUCCCACGAGCUGGGACAGGACUACGAGCAUGUAACUAUGCUGCAAGAACGUUUCAGAGAAUUUGCCCGAGACACUGGAAACAUCGGCCAGGAGCGCGUGGACACCGUCAAUCGUCAGGCAGACGAGCUGAUUAACACCGGUCACGGCGACGCUGCCACCAUCGCAGAGUGGAAGGACGGCCUGAACGAGGCCUGGGCCGACCUGCUGGAGCUCAUCGACACCCGAACACAGAUCCUAGCCGCCUCAUUCGAACUGCACAAGUUCUACCACGAUGCCAAGGAGAUCCUCAACCGCAUCCUGGAUAAACACAAGAAGCUUCCCGAGGAGCUCGGCAGGGACCAGAACACGGUGGAGACCCUGCAGAGGAUGCACACCACCUUUGAACAUGACAUUCAGGCACUGGGAACACAGGUGCGGCAGCUACAGGAGGACGCCGUCCGUCUGCAGUCUGCUUACGCUGGAGAUAAAGCUGAUGACAUUCAGAAGAGAGAGGGAGAGGUCCUUGAGGCCUGGAAGAACCUGCUGGAGGCAGCGGAGGGUCGCAGGGUGAAGCUGGUUGACACUGGAGAUAAGUUCCGCUUCUUCAGCAUGGUGCGGGACCUGAUGCUGUGGAUGGAGGAUGUCAUCCGCCUGAUUGAGGCACAGGAGAACCCCAGGGAUGUGUCAUCAGUAGAGCUGUUGAUGAACAACCACCAGGGCAUCAAGGCAGAGAUUGACGCCCGUAACGACAGCUUCACCGCCUGCAUCGAGCUGGGCAAAGCCCUGCUGGCCAGGAAGCAUUACGCUUCAGAAGAGAUUAAAGAAAAGUUGUUACAGUUGACAGACAAGAGGAAAGAUAUGAUUGACAAGUGGGAGGACAGAUGGGAGUGGCUUAGACUGGUCCUGGAAGUGCACCAGUUCUCCCGGGAUGCAGGUGUGGCUGAGGCGUGGCUGCUUGGUCAGGAUCCCUACCUGUCCAGCAGGGAGAUUGGUCAGAGCGUGGACGAGGUGGAGAAACUUAUCAAACGACACGAGGCCUUUGAGAAGUCAGCUGCCACCUGGGAGGAACGCUUCGCUGCUCUGGAGAGGUUGACCACGAUGGAGUUAUUGGAAGUGAGAAGAGCGCAAGAGGAAGAAGAGAAGAGGAGACAACCCCCGCCCACUGAGGGUCAGCCCGGGGAAGCUGCAGCACAGCACAGGGAGGGUGAGCCGGUGUCUCAGAACGGGCUGCCGUCUGAUCAGGAGUCUCCCAGGGAUAAUGUUGAAGGGGGCGAGGUUGUAAAUGGGGUGUCAGAGCCCAGCCCUGCAGGGUCUCCUGGGGCAUCUCGCAAAGGCAAGACCAGCCAGGCAGCUACCCUGCCUGCGAAAACCCAGCAGGACGCUCCCACGUCUCAGCUGGAGGGCUUCCUACACCGCAAACACGAGUGGGAGGGCCAUAACAAGAAGGCUUCAAGCAGGUCGUGGCACAAUGUGUACUGUGUGAUCAAUCAGCAGGAGAUGGGUUUCUAUAAGGACCAGAAGAGCGCUAGUCAGGGAAUCCCCUACCACAGCGAGAUUCCCAUCAGCUUGAAGGACGCAGUCUGUGAGGUGGCACUGGAGUACAAGAAGAAGAAACACGUCUUUAAGCUCAAGAUUACUGAUGGGAAUGAGUAUCUCUUCCAAGCCAAAGAUGACGAGGAGAUGAACAUGUGGAUCUCAGCCAUCUCGGCCGCCGUCUCGGGCGACAAGACCGAGAUCACGCCCAGCAGCCAUAGCACGCCAGCUCCCGGCGCACGUGCCCAGACGCUGCCUGCAUCUGUCGCCACAGUGGCGGCGUCGGCGGCCGAGUCCAGCCCGGGCAAGCGAGAGAAAGACAAGGAGAAACGCUUCAGUCUGUUCAGCAAGAAGAAAUAGACGCUCCUCCUUCCCUCCUCCUCUUCCUCCUUUUCCCUCUGGUGCUGUUUGGGGCCGCUCCUCAAUAUCAAUCCAUCUUUGGUCAAAUAUUUGUUGAAGAUGUCUGUGUCAAUCAACUUAGAGUCAGCACCUAGCAACUGAUACUGUAAAAACUUUAACUAUUACCUUCUAAAUGGAUUUAAAUCAAAGCUCUUCAUGUUAUAAAUGGUCAUAUAAUGUAAUAAAAUCAAAUGAUAACAAUGCAAUUAGAAGAGGAAAACAGACUUUAUCAGCAGAUUAUAUUGGCAGUUGCUAUGUGAAAUAAAUUCCCAAACAGCUCCACUUUCUCUCCUCUCUCUACUUUCUUCCUCUUCCUCCUCUUCUUCCUCUCAAAGCGUGACUCCAGCAUGCAAGCUCCGAGCCAAAACUCUCCACUCUGUGCCUAUCAACUGUCCGGUCUGGCUCAGAGCUACAGUUCAGCUAUAACACACCACCUGUAUCCUCUGUUCAGUUUUUGUAAGAUAAGGAGCAGGAAAAAAAAAAAGGAAUUUAAAAAACGUUCGAUUGAAGGAAAAAUCAUUAAAACGGGGUCUGCAAACGCUUCUGGCAGCUGCUGUCAUCAGAAUUAAAUCCAGAGUUUGCCGCUGAACAACAACACGAUGUAGAGGAGAAUUCCCAGAUUAUUCCUUAUUAUUAUUCUUAUUGCUAUUAUUUGUGUUUUCUAUAUCCUACUAUUUUGUUUCCUUUCUCUGCUUUCUCAUCAUCCCAGCUUUUCGUCGACUACUGCCUUUUGUGGGUUGUGUUUACGCUCCCGAGCUGUCUCAGUUGUUUUGUUUUGUUUUUGUUUGUUUUGGGGAAGUUGUAGGUAGUUCCUGUUAGAGUCCAUCCUCAGUUUUUUUGCGAGGACUUGUCUUUGCAAGAUGACGUGUAUCCCUCUGUAGUGGGGAAAACUGAGACCACGGCGGGGUAAACCUCUGACAUUACACCUCUUGUAAUUUUAGCUGAUAUGUCUAAAGCAAGUGUAAACAUGAAGAAUCAAAUGAAAGUGCAAAACCGUUUCAGACAUGUGAACUAAAAAGAGUUGAACAAUGCAAAACAAUCCUCAAAACUAAACAGCUUUUUGUGCACUGACUUAUUCUGCUCUCUUAUUGGUUGGAAUUUUGCAAUAAACCUGUAAGAAGCAGAUUAUCCUCAAUAUGUCCUGUUCAUUUCCGGUGCUGUCUAAUUCCUGCAGCAUUACAGACAGUGGCUGUAAUUUGGAGCAUUACCCUGCUGUGCUUUGAACUGUAUGUAUAACUUGUGUAUAACAAACUGUUUAAAAUAAACCUGUGUUUAAUUUCACCUAUUAUUAUUACUAAUAAGUCCUACCAACCGUUAUAAGCUUCACUUAAGUAUACCUUUCUUUACCUGAAAACCUAACAAUAUGUACACUUAACAAAUCUGAAUGAAGGCGCUAUCGAGUCGGCUCAGCCCAGCUCGAUGGAGGAAUAAAUAACUAAGACCAGUAAGAAUGUUUGGUAACUCAAACUUAAGAGCAUCCAGUAAGUUUUAUUUUCUACUCUUUACAUUUAGUUAUUUGGAAUUUUUUUUUUUUUUCCUCCAGUAUGUAUUUUCUGUUCCACAGUUAAGCUGUGUCUGAGGUUGAUUUAGUCUGACAAGUAUGGAGACGUAGAUGUAUACUAUAAAAACAAAAUUACUUUAAGCAUUGCUGUUAAGUGGAGAAGUUGGUUCUUAAAAAGCAUUUACUGAAAGUGAGUAAUGUUGCAGCAAAAUGGUCGCUUGCUUGUUGGCUUCAGCAUUCCAUAUUUUAAGAUUUCAGACGUUUGCUACAAAAGAUCUUGCAGUGAAAUGUGAUGAGUUACUUACCCUGUACGGACGUUCCUUAAUGACAAAAUACAUUCAAGAACUUUGCGCUGUAUUAUUUAAAGAGUGUGCAGAAACGGAUUUGAAAGCAUGGUACAGGUUUUAAAGGCAGCAGUUUAACUUUUUUAAGGUUAUAGACCUUAAUAUAAGAGCAUAUACCUGUACCUCGAAGUUGGCAUGUUGUCCUUAUGUUAUUUUUUUUUUUUUUUAUCUCAUUGACAAAACUAGAAAACAUACACAUACUUUUUACCAAAAACAUUUGACAUAAGCUUAUUUGGGGACUGAAAAAAGGCAGACUCCUUACCAGUCAAACCCAAAGUGAACGUGCACGUUUAUGUUCCAACCUUUGUAUGAACUCUGAGGUUUUUUUAAAGACUCAAUGCUCUGGUUGUUUGACUGAUAGAUGGAUUGUAUUAUCUCUCAUUGAGCAAAAUGUAUGGCAAUAACAGCUUAGUGAAGAUAUACCUUGAAGCAUGCUUCUGCUUUUUAUGAGCCUGCCAUCCAUCAAAACAUCUAAAAAAUAACCCACAAAUCCAGACACUGCUCUAAAAGCUUGAAUUUGUUUCUUGCUCACUCAUGAUUUUGUCAUUAAUUAACUUCCAGGAAAAGUGGAAUGAAAACAGCAAGAAUUAACCCCAAUAUGUGAACAUUGGGUGUGUUUGUUUUCCACAGCUGGAGGCGGGGUUUGGUUGGGUGGGGCUCGGGUGAACAUUGGUGAAAAACCUCAAGUAACUGAACAUCUCCACACUGGGUCAAAGGUCCUGAAAUAUUUCCUCUUUAGUUUUUUCUUUUUGCUACAUUCUCUGGCGAUUUGAUAAAUAUAGUGUGCAUUCCUCUGUCACUGUAACCAUAGUAACAAGAUAUUUCUUCAUAUUGCACAAUCAACAAUGCCACGAUGGGGGUGGGUGGGGGUGGGCGGGGCCGGGGGGGGGGGGGGGGGGGGGGGGGGGGAUCAGUGAGGUAGUCAAUGUGAUGUGGACCAGGGGUCACUGCUAGUUGGAUCUGCACCCGUAGACUUCUCCCCAUCUCUGUUACAUAUGUGCAAAAAGCCAUUAAAUGCUUUUAAAAUGA